AAUCACAAACAAAAGAGUGAAAAAAGAGACAAGUUUUCAGACCUGUAAACCCUCCUCAAGUUUCACCUCCAAAAAGCCACCAUUUUUUCCCCUCCUCAAGUCAGCUCUCUCUCUCACUCCAAUUAUAUAUAUAUAUACUGUAAAGUACAGUGGUUCUCCGCCCCUGCUCUCCCCCUCCUCGGCUCCUCCUUUUCACUUUUUGAUAUCUUUUUUCCAAACCCAGAUUUGACAUUGCUUCUCGGAACUCUAACCUCAGAUUUCUCGCAACAGUUCACCCAGAAAAUGAGGCGUUUCUGACGCUGCUGUCUCUUUACUUACUUUACGUACUUCAUUUGCAAGUCAUGAUCUCCACUGGCCCUGCGAAAAUCAUUUCUUUAUUUGUUUCUCCUCCUCUCUUCCUUUUCAAGCUUCUCUUACUCUUCUUCUUCUUGUCUCUUUGGGAUCUGAUAUCGUUUUGGCAUAUGGGUUUCUCCAAGUUUCUUUUGUUCUGUUGAGUUAUGGCUUUCUGGUGUUCAUUUUGACGUUCAAUUCUGGGUUCAUCUGUUCUGUUUAUCGGGAAAGGGUUUGGAAUCUGAUUGGGAUUGGUGAUUUCAUCUUUAUUUUGCUUCUUUUGCAAGUUGCUCAACUUGGGAUGCUCCUCCUUCUCUUCCACAUAUUAUAGUUUGCAAGAUUUUUCUUUAUUUGGAUUCCUCUCAUUUCUUAACAGCUAAGUGUAUGACCAGAUAUGGUGCUUUCUCUUGUCAAACCGGCUUUCCUCAAAUGGAUGUUAUUAUUGAGUUGCUUGUUUUCCUUCUCUUUGGGUCUGAAACAGUCGAAUAAACUCUGUGAUCCAAAAGAUUUACUGGCAUUGAGGGGCUUUCUGAAUAGCCUUUCAAAUAGUUCUGUUAUCUCUGUAUGGUUGAAGGAACCCAACUGCUGCAUUUGGGAUGGUGUCGUUUGUGGAUAUGAUAGCAACAGCUCUAUCACUAACAGAGUUACCAGGUUAGAACUGCCUAAUAUGAAUCUGAAAGGCAAGAUUUCACAGUCUCUUGGUGGUUUAGAUCAGUUAAUUUGGCUGAAUCUAUCAUACAAUCAGCUUGAAGGUGUUUUGCCAACAGAAUUCUCAAGCUUGAAGCAACUCCAGGUAUUGGAUUUGAGUUACAAUAAGCUGUCAGGAUCAGUCACCAAUGCAACUUCAGGAUUGAUAUCUGUUCGUGUUCUUAAUAUUUCCAGUAAUUCAUUCAUUGGGGAUUUCCCCCAGCUAGUGGGAUUUCAGAAUCUUGUUGCCUUCAAUAUAAGUAACAAUUCUUUCACAGGACAGUUUUCUUCACAGAUUUGCAAUUCCUCCAACAUGAUUCAGGUUGUUGAUAUUUCACUGAACCAAAUAUCCGGCAAUCUUCAAGGAGUGAACGAUUGCAGCAAAUCUCUCAAACAUUUCCGUGCAGAUAAUAACUUGCUUACUGGACAUCUUCCAGAAUCAUUGUAUUCGUUAUCAUUUUUGGAGUACUUUUCAAUCCCUGGAAACAGCUUCUUUGGCCAGUUAAGCAUGGAUCUGAGUAAGCUUUCUAGGCUUGAAUCCUUUAUCGUAUUCGGAAACAAGUUUUCUGGGGAACUUCCAAAUGUGUUCGGUAAUUUUUCAGAAUUACGGGAGUUAGUUGCACAUUCCAACUUGUUCUCUGGAAUUUUGCCUUCAUCUCUGUCAUUGUGCUCAAAGCUUAGAGUUCUUGAUCUUAGAAAUAAUUCCUUUACUGCUGCUAUAGAUCUCAAUUUUUCUAGGCUACCAGAUCUUCAAAUGCUUGAUCUAGCCUCUAAUCACUUUUCGGGGCCUCUACCGAAUUCUCUAUCUGAUUGCCAUGAAUUGAAAACUCUUAGCCUUGCCAAGAACAAGUUAACUGGUCAAAUUCCUCGAGAUUAUGCUAAGCUUUCCUCUCUGUCCUUUCUAUCUUUGUCGAACAACAGUAUUAUAGACUUGAGUGGUGCAUUAUCUAUUCUACAUAAUUGCAAGAACCUGACUGUUCUUAUUCUUACAAAGAACUUUCGUAAUGAGAAAAUUCCACAGAGUGAAACUGUUUUCGACAACUUGAUGCUUUUGGCAUUUGGUAACUGUGGCCUGAGAGGACAAAUUCCAGGUUGGUUAGUAGGUUGCAAGAAAUUGAGCAUCCUUGAUUUGUCUUGGAAUCACUUAGAUGGAAGUAUCCCUGCUUGGAUUGGUCAGCUGGAGAAUUUAUUUUAUUUGGACUUAUCCAACAAUUCUCUGACAGGAGAAAUCCCAAAAAGCUUGACACAGAUGAAAGCACUAAUUUCCAGAAACUGCAGCUUGUCGGGUUCGACAUCAUCUGCUGGAAUCCCCCUUUUUGUCAAACGAAAUCAAAGUUCCACUGGUUUGCAAUACAACCAAGCGUCGAGCUUUCCACCAUCGAUUUACUUGAGCUACAACAGAAUUAAUGGAACUAUUUGGCCAGAAAUUGGUGGAUUAAAAGGGCUGCAUGCCUUGGAUUUGAGUAGGAACAAUAUAACUGGGUCCAUCCCAAACACCAUAUCAGAGAUGGAGAACUUGGAAGCCUUAGAUUUGUCGAAUAAUGAUCUUUAUGGACGAAUUCCUCCAUCACUUAACAAGCUUACAUUCUUGUCAAAGUUCAGCGUGGCAAAUAAUCACUUGGAGGGACCAAUUCCAAAUGGAGGGCAAUUCUUAAGUUUUCCCAGCUCAAGCUUUGAUGGUAAUGCAGGACUUUGUGGGGAAAUCGACAACCCUUGUCGUUCUGUUGAUGGGUUAGAAAAAAGACCUGAAACCGACACUUACUCAAAGAGAAAAGUUGGGAGAAGUGUCAUUCUCUGCCUUACAGUCGGAGCGGCUGCAGCAAUCCUCCUGGUCCUUACAGUGGUUCUACUCAAAAUGUCCAGGAAAGAUGUUGGAGAUCGGAAUAACAGUUUUGACGAGGAAUUUGACCGGCCUAACAGGUUAUCUGGAGCUCUUGGAUCAUCAAAGUUGGUGCUCUUUCAGAAUUCAGAAUGCAAGGAUCUUACAGUUGCAGAGUUGUUAAAAGCUACUUGCAAUUUCAACCAAGCAAACAUAAUCGGCUGUGGUGGAUUUGGCCUGGUUUACAAAGCCAGCCUUCCCAAUGGUUCAAAAGCUGCAGUCAAGAGGCUUACAGGAGAUUGUGGUCAGAUGGAACGCGAAUUCCAAGCUGAAGUAGAAGCUCUUUCUCGAGCGCAGCAUAAGAACCUUGUUUCUCUUCAAGGUUACUGCAAACAUGGAAACGACAGGCUAUUAAUUUACUCCUACAUGGAGAAUGGAAGUUUGGACUAUUGGCUUCAUGAGAUUGUUGAUGAUGAAGAUUCAAUACUAAAAUGGGAAGCAAGACUCAAAAUCGCACAGGGUGCAGCUCAUGGAUUGGCUUACUUGCAUAAGGAAUGUCAGCCAAACAUAAUUCACCGCGAUGUCAAGUCGAGCAACAUACUUCUGGAUGACAAAUUCGAGGCACAUUUAGCUGAUUUUGGCCUUUCAAGAUUACUCCGGCCGUAUGACACUCAUGUUACCACGGACUUGGUUGGGACAUUGGGUUAUAUCCCUCCCGAAUACAGCCAGACAUUAAUUGCAACUUGCAGGGGCGAUGUAUACAGUUUUGGCGUUGUUCUUCUCGAGCUUCUAACUGGGCGGAGGCCUGUAGAGGUAUGCAAAGGUAAAGCUUGCAGGGAUCUGGUAUCAUGGGUGAUUCAGAAGAAAUCAGAAAAGAAAGAAGAGGAGAUUAUUGAUCCUGCAAUUUGGGAUACAAAUAGCAAAAAGCAGAUUUUAGAGGUCCUUAGUAUUACUUGUAAAUGCAUAGACCAAGAUCCAAGGAAGAGACCUUCGAUUGAAGAAGUUUCUUCAUGGCUAGAUGGUGUUACAUUGUAGGUUUUUCCAUUCUCAACGUUUGGUUUGUAUUUCAUCCCUCGUAUAUCAAACUGGAUAUUGUAAAGCAAAACUAUUUAAAUCAAUCUUACCAGGCUGUGAGUAAAGGUAGGAAGGAUGGAAA